GGACAUGUUGGCCGGUGUGGGCAAGUUGGGCUGAAGGGCCUGUUUCCACACUCUGACUAUGAUCUGUCAAUCGCCAUGUAUCUGGGAGCAGACUUGUCAACCACUCAAUGAAGGGCAGGGGUCAUUGGUGAUGGUAUUGGGAUGAUAAGAGGUGGAGAAUAAUCUGUUUAUGUUGUAAAUUGUUUAAUUUUGUGGAGCAGGAGUUGUCCAGUUUGCUGCAGAUAACUUGUUUCUCUGCAGUCAGCGGCGGUGGCUGGCUGCCUGCACGGUGCCAGCAUGAACCAGACCAUGGCCGACAUCCUGGCAAACCAGCAGUUCCUCCGAAGCGCAUUGCCAAAGUUUAGGAAAAGCCCCCUGCUACAGAGGGCAGCGUGGCAGGCACUGGACACGGCCGACCCUGAACCAGAGGAUGGGUUACUGGUGACGCACGUCAAUCAAACCCGCCAGCUGCUGGGAACCCCUGCUUCCCCAGCCGUGCCUGCGGCCACCCAAACCUCCGAGGAAUGGCUGGCCACUCACGGCCUGGAGCCCCAGCAACUGACCCUUCACCAUCUUCUAACUGAAGGCUGUGUCAUCAGCAACAAGGACGAGGAGAAGGAGGUGAAGCAUUUACAAGUCCGGUUGGACAUCAUCGAGAGCUUUGAAUCCAGGGUCCGAGAAAUGAUUGACGUCUACCAGAAGCGGAUCAGUUGGCUGAAGGAAGGGAGCAGAAAGAUGUUUGGGUUGGUGAAGGGGGCUCGGCUGGGAGUGCUGGUCGACUGUUCCGACGCCAACUGCGGACUUGGCCGGCAGCGAGAGUUGCAGCGAGAUCUGCUGGCCCUUAUGGAUGAGCAGCUGAGUGGAGUUUCACAGCUCUACCUCCUCUCCUUCGGAUCCGAGCUGCACCCGCUGUGGGACACUGCACGGGAUCUCAACCUCCACACGUUGCAUGAGGCUCGGCAGUGGGUGCAGGCCCUGCAGCCCGGCGGGAGCUGCAACCUGUUGCAGGCCCUGAAGCGGGCGGUGAGGGUGCGGCGGCUCGACUCUCUGCUGCUGGUCCUGGGAACGAGCCCUGACCAGCCCCCUGGGAUUCUGGUCGACCAUCUGCAGCAGUGCAUGUUGGGAAGGUCCCUGCCUGUACAAACCGUGGCGUAUGACUGCAACCACCACACUGCCCAGGAGAUGCUGAGAUCUCUAGCUGAGCUGACCGGUGGUCGACAUCACUCCUACUCAAUGGGAACACAGGUGGAAUUCCCGGAGAGCGACAAGGAGUGGGGAGGGGAGUGGGAGUGGGAUAGUUACAGGGAGGCAGCAGUUGUGGGGGGCAGGGGCGCUGGGCAGGUCAAGGGAGGGCACGGAGUGAGGGGCAAAGGGGUGGUGGGGUGUGAGGGGCAUGGGCAGGUGAGAUGGGCUGGGGCAGUGAACCUCUCUCGCGGCGCGCUGAUCCGCGGCAGGAGCUGUGGACAGACAGCUGCUGCAGUCGGCAGCGGAGAUGCGGCGAGGGCUGGAGGGGCUGCUGACAGCAUCGAGGCCCCCGAGAGAGCCCGUGGGCUGGGUCUGUACCAGGUUCUGGCCCCCAACGCCUUCCCCCGGUGUGAGCAGUUCGUGCCCAUCCUGCGCAAGACCGUCCGAUCCACCUUGCACCAGAAAGCCAUGAUGCAGCUGGAGUGGUUCGACGGGACGGUGAGGAAUCUUCACGUGGACCCACCCCAACUCUACCAGUAUCAGGGCUCCCUGUCCCGGGCGGUCAGGGUCUUCCAGCGUCGUCUCGGCUGGUUGUGUUCGGGUAGCAGACGGGUCUGGGGCAACCUGUGUGAGGAGAGGGUGCUGCUGAUGGUGGACACCUCGACCCUCUCCCCCGGCACCGACCCCCCCCUCCAGCUGCUCCGGCCACUUCUCCAGCAACAGCUGCCCCGGACACAGGCCUUCAACCUGCUGGCGUUCGGCUCUGGGGUCCAACGCUACGGGCCGGGCCUACUGCCCACUACACCCGCCAGCCUGCAGGCUGCCUGGAGGUGGUGCCUGUCGCUGCAGCGUGAGGGCAGCCGGAACCUGCUGGCCGCACUGAGAGCAGCGAUGGAGACUGACGUCAGCUGUCUCAGCGGACCCUGUGGGAUCUACCUCCUCAUCGCCGGCGCUCCCGACCAGGCCCUGGAACCUCUCGCCAGCUACAUUGCCGAGGUCACCGGAGGUCGUGAACUCCGACUCCACGUCUGCCUCUAUGACCCUGAGCCCGACCCUGACCUCGGGGAGUCGGCCCCUCCCCCCCGCUACGCCUCUCCCAGGGAGAUGGGGGAGAUCAUGAGGAGUCUGGCGCGGUCGGGUGGCGGCCGGUUCCUCUGGUCCCGCGAGUCGGGUAUCAUCGAAAGUGAUGACAUUCAGCUGAUAUUGGCCGAAGUGGAAAAGGCAGUCGACUACUCCAGGAAGUGCGCCCUGUUGCUCGAGUCCCUCCACCGGCGUUCGGGAAGGCUGGCUGCAGACGAGCAGGUCCCACCGGGUGGCCUUGAGGUGGUGCUGAAGGAGGGGUGUCGCAGCCCCCUGAAGCUGCAGGCUCCGAAGCCCACUGCCCUCUCCCUGGCCAGAAUGCGAGCUCUGGUGGACGGGGGCGGGGAGAGAGCGCCGGCGUUCAAAGCCUUGACCUGGCGACCAAGCAGCGGAAAGACGGCCACCGCUCCAGCUCGCCCCAGCCAUACGCGGACACGCCCCACGGGCCGGGCCAGGAGGAAGGUGAUGAGCUCGGCCUUUUACACGGAUCAAGGGAGGAAAGUGGGAGCCGUGUACCAGACACCGCCCGGAACGAGACGGGGCAGAUCGGUGAUCCCCUCCAUCACACUGCCACGGGAGGAGGAGGUUUGCACCACCGCAGCGUGGCUGCGGUGUCAGGCCGUGGGGCGGCUGGGCCUGGACCUGCACCGAUUGGCGUUGGGCGGUGGCUGCCGGCACGGGGCGUCGCUGGUGCGGAGCCUGGGCCGCAGGGUGGGCGCCCGGCACUGUGCCUCCCUCCCCACCGUCACCAUCAACGCCCAGCAGAGACACUUGUACCUGCAGCCGCAUGAACUGGACGAGUACAUGGGACAGGUGCAGCGGCUGCUUCGUCGCUACCUGCAGCGGCUGCAGUGGCUCCUGUCAGGGAGCAGGCGUCUGUUCGGCACCAUUGUGGAGAAGCGAGUCUGUAUCUGCAUCGACACGUCGGGAUCCACCCAGCCCUACCUGGCCGCUCUGAGGAAGGAGCUAACCUCCCUCAUCUGGGAACAACUCCGAACCAAUGUCCACAGCUUCAACCUGCUGUCGUUCGCAGACACUGUGCGGAGCUGGAGGGAGGGUCUGCAGGAGGUGACCGAUGCCUCGUGCCACGACGCCGUGCAGUGGGUGGGGGGCACCUUGGCUCAGGGCAGCACCAGCACCCUGGCGGCACUGCAGGCGGCGUUUGGUCACGCGGGCGUGCAAGGGGUGUACGUGCUGACGGACGGGAAGCCGGACUCCAGCUGUUCCAGCGUUCUGCAGGAGACCCGGAGGAUGAACCGGGGGAGAAGAGUCAGAGUGCACACUGUGUCUCUCUGCUGCACAGACAGCACUGCCAACGAGUUCCUCAAGUCGCUGGCAGCUCAGAACCGAGGUCGCUUCCACCGCUGCUACGGAGCUACGGACGGGCAGCUGGUCGCUCACACAAUGCUCACGGGAGGCUUCGCCGAUGAAGACGAUCCCAACCUUCCUGACUUUGAGGGUGACGAUUUAAAAAGGCUUUCUGAAGAAAUUACUAAAGCACGAAGGUUCCUGUCUGAAGCACAGUCCUUCAGAGAUUUGCUUUCGGAAAAACAAACAAAACAAGGAACAAAAGCCACUGAAGCUUAGAACCGAUCUUGACCUUCCCAACACGUCCCUUCAGAGUUCCCUCACUGGUGGGAACAGAUCGUGAAAGAGGGCGGGGGAACAUCUACAGGUGCCGGACAUCAGAAAUAUAAUCAGUGUCUGAAAGCACAGCAGGUCGGGCAGCAGCUGUGGAGCGAGACACCGAGUUAAUGUUUCAACUUGAAGAUGCUUCAUUAGAAUUGGAAUUGUGAGAAGACGUGCAUCUUUUGCAUAACUCCUUGUUCCAGCACUUUGAGGCGUGAAAGUGCGCUGUCACCUUGUUUAAUCCAACAUGACUAGACAGAUUCUAAUCCAGUAGGAACCACUCACUCCAAGGGGUCAGAAACUCCCUCCAUCCCUGGGUGGGAAGAAACUGCAGAUAGACACAAAAUGCUGAAGUAACUCAAUGGGUCAGGCAGCAUCACUUGAGAAAAUAAAUAGGUGAGAUCUCUGAUUGGGCCCUUUCUUCAGACAGAAAGAGAGGCCAGGAGAAAAUAGGGUUGGCAACAGAUGACCUCAGGAAGGGUGGAGUCCAUAAAGGCUCAUUGUUGGCUGGGGGAGAUGUGCUAAUGAGAGAGAUACAAUAAUGUGAACAGUGGAACUGGUAGGAUGACUAGAGGGAGAUGACUAAAGGACGCAAUGCAGAAGUAGAAAUUAGAGAAAUCAAUGUUCAUACCACUGGGUUGAAUGGGCCAUUAUGGACCUCAAGCUUCCUGUUGCUGGCUCUGUUCUGGUCUUCUCUUUCAGUCUGAAGAAGUGUUCCUACCUGGCCAUGAUCUCCAGAUAUACUGUCUGUCCCACUGAGGUAGUCCAGCACUUUGUGUCUAUCUUUGGCCAUCUCUGGGGUUUACAACAAAUUUGGAAUGCUUUUUCUCGCUCAGUUGCAUGGAUGAUUUACCCUGAUGUCUCCCACUUGUAUUCCUUAAUUAUUGAACAGAUUAUAUGUAUCUUGUGCAAAUUUUAAAAAUAAAAUAAAAUGCACCAAGAAAAUGUCUGUGUCAGUGUUUCCUUCAGCUAGAAAUUCAGAAGCUUCUCUGCCCAAGUCUGCAAGAAACUGCAGUCAUAGAUGUAGCCAGUCCAUCACGCAAAGCAACUUUGCCCCAUUACCUCCAUCUAUGCUUCACGCUGCCUCGGGAAAGCAGCCAACAUAAUUAAAGAUCCCUCACACCCAGGUCAUUCUC